ACCUCCCAUACUAGACGAGCUUUGGGCAACCUCUUCCGGAGCGUUUGUCAAAUAAUGUUCUUGAAAGUUCCAGUUCGGAAUGAAUCAUUUAUUCGAUAAAUUUCACGAUUUCGCUCAGUCAUUCCGAUCACAUGAACUCCGACCUUCUGCAAGGAUUCUCCAAUGCCUGGAGCCGCUCGGGGACCACAGGAGAAGCGCGCUGGUCGUCGCAAACACUCCUUUGGUGGCUGUCGGACGUGCCGGAGGCGCCAUGUUAAGUGCGAUCAAGUGAGGCCAUCUUGUUUGGCAUGCAGAGCAGUCAAUGCUGUGUGCGAGGGCUAUUCGUCUGACGUGCGAUGGAUGCCACCGGCCACACUGUCAUCGGCCACCAGUGGGCAAUUAGAAUGCGAUGAUUCGAGUAAAAAUACCACUCGACAUCAUCUGUAUUCAGAAGCGACAAGAAAGUCAAUGAGCAAGGCUUUGGUAGCCAAGUUAGGAUCCCACUCUGUAGACGAAUCCCUCGCUGAGAUUGAAACCAAAACCAAGGAUGCCGAAGGUGUUAAUGGAGGAGAUGUUUCUGUUGGGCCCUUCGGUAUACUCAAUUUCGAGUGCCCAGUGCCUCAUGCGCAUCUAGCAAUUCCUAUCGCUGCCCCAGAACAUCCUAGAAUCGAUGUUUCGGAUAUGAUGCAAAUUGAUGCGCCGAACGAUAAUACAACUCCAGUCAGCCUUGAGGGCAUUGCCGACCAGCAAAGGCCUAUACCUACUAUCAUCGAUUGGUUUGACCCCGUUCUUGGAUAUGACAGCUCCUUGCAUUGGGCGGAUCUGCUAUCACUUGACUUUGAUACAGCUAAUAGCUUGUUGCAACCCACCACACAAAAUCCACUCGACUUCUUCUCCUUUGACAAUCUCUCGCAAUCGACGCCGCUUGAGCCCAUUUCGGAGUAUCCAUCUCUCAAUACAGGUCAAUUGGGAAGCCCGCCCCCGUUAGAAGCUGGGGCCCUCCACGAAAGCCAACGGCCACAUACUACAGUUCAGGUGGAUCGUACUGUAACCAAGCUGGAAGAAGUAAAGUCCGUCGAGGAGGCACAAUUCCUGCUGAGGCAUUUCAAUGUCCAUGUUAUUUCCCAGAUGUCCUUUAUACCCCAACAACCCAAGUCUCCUUGGAAAACCAUGCAACUACCAGAAGCCAUGCAUACACUGGCAGAUCUUUCUUAUCUUCAUUCCGGUACAACAAAUCAUGCCAAUGCAUCAAAUCUCUACGCGCUCCUAGCUUGCGCGACGUACCAUCUGCAGAAGAAUGCUUCAAUAUAUAGUGCAGAACCAGAAUCUUACUGGCAGCAUCUUUUCACUCGAUUAAAGGAAAGGGCCAAAAGGCACCUGCAGAUUUCUCUGCGCGAUGAGUCGCGCGGCAACAGCAAGGCCAAAUACAAGGAGCAACUAAUGGCCAUUCUUAGUAUGCUGGCCGUGACGAGCCUGACGGGGAGGUUCAAAGAUGCUCGAUGUUACUCAAUAGAUGCAGAGCGCCUGCUCCGUGUAAGAGGACUCGCAAAACGUGAAAUAUCUCGAAGGUGUCGCAUUCUUCACCACGUAUAUAGUUGGAUUCGUAUAGUGGGGGAGAGCACAUAUGUUCUCCACGACUACAAAUCAUACAGUCCCAUUGUCGACAAUAUGAGCGCUGCUUACAGAGCUGGUGGUGGUCGAGACAUAACCGACAUCCAACGAGCCUCUGCAAGCUCUAGGUCUGGACACAAUGCGCGACUAGAUGAUUUCCUACGUUUAGAACCACACUCGUCAGACAGUGAUCUUGAUAUCGAAGACACUAAGGAGCACGAGCCCGCACUCUAUGACAUCCACCUCGAGGAUUCACGGCAGUUCAGUGGGACACUGUAUAAGAUCUAUGGCAUUUCCGAGACCUGGCUGAGUCUCGUAUCACAAACGACGCGCUUAGCAAACAUCAUCGACGCAGCGAGUUAUAGCAAAGAAACGGAUAUCAAGUUCCAGGACUUCCUGCAGAAGAGGGCCACGCGACUCGAGCACAUUAUCUGCUCUUUCGCCCUCAAAGAUCCGCCGAGCGAGGACGAAGACGACGAGGUGGUUCAGCAGCCAAACCACUACAUGCUUCGUGCCCUCAACUCUGCUCUCGUCAUUUUGUUCUAUCGUCGUGUGCGCAAUGUAAAUCCAUUGAUAUUGCAAGGACAUGUUGACUCGGUCGUCCAAUCUCUUCGGGAUUUCGACGCAGGUAUGGCUUCGCAAGGCAUACUGGGGCCUGGGUCACCCUGGCCUGCAUUUAUCGCGGGAUGCGAGGCACUCUCGCGACGAAACAGGAAAUUUUUGAGGCAGUGGGUUGAAAAAGGUGCGCAGAAGUGUGGAUUCGAAUACUUCAACAUGGCACAACAAAUCAUGCAAGAGGUCUGGGAUCGACAAGAUGAACCGCCAAUGGCUACUGAUCCUGGCUCUGGAGGGUCGUUGAGGACAGAGGCUUCUGUAACAAGACAUCACACUUGGGUGGAUGUUUCAAAGGAGAAAAGUAUUUGGGUUACAUUGUUUUAAUGUAGUAUAUUCUAUGUAACUAAGUAUUCCACAUACCCCAG